GGAGGUUUGAAGAGUAUCAAAGCAGCAGAACCGCUUGCUGGCUACGGGAUGGAAAAGGUUAGCUUGGCGCCAGAGUUUGUCAGUCGAUUUAACCCUAUUGCCCGCAGAACAAGACUACCAUAGGCAGUGCUGCACUGAAAACCAAACAGUACAUCAGGAUAGCCUACAUUUGUUUUUUUGCUGGGGCUGUAUAGUACGAGAGGGUCCAUCGAAUCUAUCGUAUGGUAUUAUCGUAGCAAUUAAAGGCAAAAUGUGGUACUCAAAGUUAGGCUUUGUGAGGUGACUUAACUGGUAAGGGAAAGGCACUUAGGCUACACACGACACUCACCUACUCUUCGCAAACUUGGGGUAAGCUAUACCCUACCCGUGCUCAUCUGUGGAGCGCGCGCAUCGCAACGCCUCUGCAGUACGGAUCUUGUAACGGGACACUCCGCUUGUAUCAUUUUCUCUCUUCGUAUUUUGAAGACUUUUUAAUCGCGUUUACAGGUUGGGACACUGUGGAUCCCGUGGAUACAACAUGUAGCAUCUGGUAUUUUUCGGUGAGAAUGACUGAUGUUGAUUGUUCAAACGGACUGAGAACUAGAGAGCUGUUCUCUUCACUCAUAUGUGUCUGCAUGACGCCACCAGCCUGGGACCCGCUUGAUCCUUCUGCAGAGCCUGAAGGGACUCACCUGAUCCCCAGCCCCGGGAUGCCCAACAUCAAGACCAGCCACUGAGCUCCCAGUGUGACCAGCCCAGCCGGCCACCCACCCCGAUGCCACCAUGCCUAUCAUCAGCAAUGCAAACCACGACUUCAGCAACCUCUCGGCCAGCGAUGAUAGCAGCCUCGAUGCCAUCUUCACCCAGAUCCCCGAGACGGAGACGGUCAAGGGUGUCUACUACCAGAGGGCCCAGUUCAUCAGACGACCAGAGGACCUACUGUCAGUGGACCACGGUCUACUAGCGGUCAUCAAUGUGGGAGGCAACCGCUACACCUUUCCCUGGAGCACGCUGGAGCAGUUUCCCUUGACCCGGCUGGGACGGCUCUGUGGCCUCAGCAGCCCAGAGGAGAUUGCCGGCGUGUGUGACGACUACGACGAGACACGGCGAGAGUUCUUCUUUGACCGCAGCCCCUCGGCCUUCCGCGUCAUCCUCAACUUCCUGGCAGCGGGGAAGCUGCGCAUGCUGAGGGAGAUGUGCGUGCUGUCACUACAUGAUGAGCUGCUCUACUGGGGCGUAGAGAUGACCUACAUGGAGCGCUGCUGCAAGAGGAAGAUGUACACGCGCAUUGAGGAGAUGAAGGAACACGAGCGGCAGGAGGAAGAGCAAAGGCAGAGGCACGCCAUGCUGCGCCCCCCAGUUGAGGAGACACGCUAUCGCAAGUUCAUGAACCAGCUGAGGGAUAUGGUUGAGAAUCCCCAGUCUGGCCUGCCAGGAAAGAUCUUUGCCUGCCUGUCGGUGGUGAUGGUAGCAGUGACCGUCAUCAGCCUGUGUAUCAGCACCAUGCCGGACCUCAGGGAAGAGGAGGACAGGGGUGAGUGUUCUCAGAAGUGUCGCCAUAUGUUCAUCGUGGAGACGGUGUGCGUGGCCUGGUUCUCCCUGGAGUGGAUCCUGCGCUUCAUUCAGGCUCGCAGCAAGCUGGAGUUCAUCCGCGGGCCCCUCAACGUCAUCGACGCCAUGGCCAUCCUGCCCUACUAUGUGUCCCUGGUGGUGGAUGAGGAUGAUCCGGCCCUGGACCAUGAGAAGGCCGGGGGGACCAGCUACCUGGACAAGCUGGGCCUGGUGCUUCGGAUCCUGAGGGCCCUGAGGAUCCUGUAUGUGAUGAGGCUAGCCCGUCACUCUCUGGGCCUGCAGACCCUGGGCCUGACGGUGAGGAAGAGCACCAGAGAGUUUGGCCUUCUGCUGCUCUUCCUGUGUGUGGCCGUCACCCUCUUCUCCCCGCUGGUUCACCUGGCCGAGAGCGAGCUGACCGGAGCCCAGGACUUCAGCAGCAUACCCGCCUCUUAUUGGUGGGCCAUCAUCUCCAUGACGACAGUGGGCUACGGCGACAUGGUGCCACGCAGCAUCCCGGGCCAGGUGGUGGCGCUGAGCAGCAUUCUGAGUGGCAUCCUCAUCAUGGCCUUCCCUGCCACCUCCAUCUUUCACAUGUUCUCUAAGAGCUACCAGGAGCUCAAGCAGGAGCACAACCGCCUGUUCAAAGAGGAGUGUGCGGCUGCAGCGGCCCUGGCGGCAACCAGCAGGGAAGGUCAGGAGGGGAGCGAGGAGUUCCCUCCCCCAGGGCUGCGCCACAUGUGCCCAGACACGGAGAGCACUCGCUCUCUGGAGUCCCUGUCCCUUCUUGAGAACGGUGGCGUGGUCUCAGGGAAUAACCAGCAUAGCCACAGCCCCAGGCUGCCAGCUGGAGCCUUCUAGACAGUCAGACAGGCCUCACCUGCCCCGGCCCACAGACCUCACAGCACACUAGGAACAGGGAGGCCUCAGCAGGCUUACUAAUCACAGACUUAAUAGAAGAUGCAGUAAAAGAUCCAAUCCAAAGUCAUUUUUUCCAUGGCUGUCUUUAUCUUUGAAAAUAUUGCGUAGCUCACCCACAACAUAAUUGUUUUAAUUUUAGUCUCAAUCUCUAUCCGAGAUCAGAAUGUGCAGACCUGGGCCAAUGGAAGCCAUAGCCAUCUGUCUACCCUAGACCCAUCUGUACUGAGCUCAACGCUGAUUUGAUUUCUGAGAGGCUUUGAAAGCUGUACUUAAAAAAUAUCUCAGAUGGAUGGUUCCGACUCUCCCAUGCUGAAUAAACCCUCUCUCUUUCUCCCUUUGCAACAAAUGCAAAGACACACACAGACUAACACUGGAUUUGGCUGCUUGAGUGUCUGGAGUCAUGGACACGGAGUUAUUUGCCACUCCACCACGUCUUCCGUCGCGACCAGCAGGAAGAGGAUAUUGGACGAGCAGUGAUCGUAGUCUUUUUAUAAUCUUCAGGAGACAGAAAGCCAUCUGCAUAGAAUGAACUUUGUAAGGCUCCAAAUCAAAACACAAGUAAUCUCAACUACGCAGUUGUCGUAGUUUUUUGUCUUUCUGGGAAGAUAUAUCCUAUCUUUUUCCCUGAAAAGAUCAAUCAGAGAGGGUAUGUGCCGGGUUGAAACAUUAGUCUGUGUAAGUGCGAUAAAGCUGCCAAGACGCAGCAUCAUAUGAUGCAAAAUGCAUCAAUACCAGCUGUAUUUCUGUGUUUUGAAAGUUAUAUAUCUUGAAAACUUGAUUGCUGACAUACAAAACAUUUUGGGACUAUAUCAACAAUGGACUGAUGAAAUAAAUACCAAAAGAUAGUUGUUGUUUCUUUCUUUAAGGGCCCUACACACCCUACAUGAACAGCCUACUUAAACAGAGUGAUGGAGCAUCAUUAAUUCAACCUUUAUUUGUCACAUGUGCCGAAUACAAGUGUAGACCUUACCAUGAAAUGCUUACACACAAGCCCUUAACCAACAGUGCAGUUCAAGAAGAGUUAAGAAAAUAUUUACUAAAUAAACUCAAGUAAAACAAAUUAUAAAAAGUAACACAAUAACAACAAUAACGAGGCUAUAUACAGGGGGUACCGGUACUGAGUCAGUGUGCAGGGGUACAGCUUAGUCGAGGUAAGUUGUACAUGUAAGUAGGGAUGAAGUGACUAUGCAUAGAUAAUAAACAGCGAGUAGCAGCAGUGUACAAAACAAAUGGAGGGGGGGACGUCAAUGUAAUGGUCCAGUCAUGUAUUUUGGUACAUUCCAAAAUCUUUGCCGCACAAAAGUACAUACAGUUGAAGUCGGAAGUUUACAUACCCUUAGGUUGUUUACAUACCCUUAACAAACUGUAGUUUUGGCAAGUCGGUUAGGACAUCUACUUUGUGCAUGACACAAGUAAUUUUUCCAACAAUUGCUUACAGACAGAUUAUUUCACUUCUAUUUACUGUAAACUUCCAAAAUAAUUAACUUUUUACUACUUUAAUACACAGUUGAAGUCGGAAGGUUACAUCCACCUUAACCAAACACAUUUAAACUCAGUUUUUCACAAUUCCUGACAUUUAAUCAGAGUAAAAAUGCCCUGUUUUAGGUCCGUUAGGAUCACCAAUUUAUUUUAAGAAUGUGAAAUGUCAGAAUAAUAGUAGAGAGAAUUAUUUUAUUUUAACUUUUAUUUCUUUCAUCACAUUCCCAGUGGGUCAGAAGUUUACAUACACUCAAUUAGUAUUUGGUAGCAUUGCCUUUAAAUUGUUUACCCUGGGUCAAACGUUUUGGGUAGCCUUCCACAAGCUUCCCACAAUAAGUUGGGUAAAUUUUGUCCCAUUCCUCCUGACAGAGCUGGUGUAACUGAGUCAGGUUUGUAGGCCUUCUUCCACAAAUGUUCAAUAGAUUUGAGGUCAGGGCUAUGUGAUGGCCUCUCCAAUACCUUGACUUUGUUGUCCUUAAGCCAUUUUGCCACAACUUUGGAAGUAUGCUUGUGGUCAUCGUCCAUUUGGAAGGCCCAUUUGCGACCAAGCUUUAACUUCCUGACUGAUGUCUUGAGAUGUUGCUUCAAUAUAUCCACAUAAUUUUCCUCCCUCAUAAUGCCAUCUAUUUUGUGAAGUGCACCAGUCCCUCCUGCAGCAAAGCACCCCCACAACAUGACGCUGCCACCCCCGUGCUUCACGGUUGGGAUGGUGUUCUUCGGCUUGUAAGCCCCCCCCUUUUCCCUCCAAACAUAACAAUGGUCAUUGUGGCCAAACAGUUCUAUUUUUGUUUCAUCAGACCAGAGGACGUAUCUCCAAAAAGUAUGAUCUUUGUCCCCAUGUGCAGUUGCAAACCGUAGUCUGGAUUUUUUAUGGUGGUUUUGGAGCAGUGGCUUCUUCCUUGCUGAGCGGCCUUUCAGGUUAUGUCUAUAAAGGACUCGUUUUACUGUGGAUAUAGAUACUUUUGUACCUGUUUCCUCCAGCAUCUUCACACGGUCCUUUGCUGUUGUUCCGGGAUUGAUUUGCACUUUUCGUACCACAGUACAUUCAUCUCUAGGAGACAGAACGCGUCUCCUUCCUGAGUGGUAUGACGGCUGCAUGGUCCCAUGGUGUUUAUACUUGCGUACUAUUGUUUGUACAUAUGAACGUGGUACCUUCAUGCGUUUGGAAAUUGCUCCCAAGGAUGAACCAGACUUGUGGAGGUCUACAAUUCUUUUUCUGAGGUCUUGGCUGAUUUCUUUUGAUUUUCCCAUGAUGUCAAGCAAAGAGGCACGGAGUUUGAAGGUCAGCCUUGAAAUACAUCCACAGGUACACUUCCAAUUGACUCAAAUUAUGUCAAUUAGCCUAUCAGACGCUUCUAAAGCCAUGACAUCAUUUUCUGGAAUUUUCCAAGCUGUUUAUUGGCACAGUCAACUUAGUGUAUGUAAACUUCUGACCCACUGGAUUUGUGAUACAGUGAAUUAUAAGUGAAAUAAUCUGUCUGUAAACAAUUGUUGGAACAAUUACUUGUGUCAUGCACAAAGUAGAUGUCCUAACCGACUUGCCAAAACUAUAGUUUGUUAACAAGAAAUUGGUGGAGUGGCUGAAAGACGAGUUUUAAUGACUCUAACCUAAGUGUAUGUAAACUUCCGACUUCCACUGUAGACAACGAUGCUCAUUCACUGUGUUUGUGUAGUUUCCGAAAAGUGUGUAGGGGCCUUUACCUAUACAAAUCAUUAAUGUAGCAUUACUCUGUAGGCAGACAUCCUCUGUGGCUUUUCUUAAUACUUAUCUUUACAUACAUUAUAAAGAUCACAUCCUCCAAGCCCAAGGUCAUCUAGCAUGAAUGAAGCAGCAUGGCCAUAGCUUUGUUUUGACCUCGCUACCACUCUUUAAUAACCUGAUAUCUUUGUGGCAGCACCUACCUCCUCACAGUAUGUCUAGGUUCUCCAAGAACUGAGUCCAUGGGUUAGAGGGCCAACAAAUCUCCUUAAACCCUGGGUGCGGAGAGCAGAGGGCAGGAGUCAGCUAGGGCCCACUAGACAGCUGUGGCUGUAAUCUAGAUGAUACAGGGGAUUAACAGGCAGAUCAGAAGGACAGGUACUUAGUUACGGUACACCACUCAAAUGCACCCUCUGUUGUUUUCAAUUGUUUUAGGAUCCAAUCCACUUCAAUCACACAGGACUCUUAUAAUCAUAGAAUUCCUUGUAUAUGGUCUAUCAUUUAGAAUGAUGUAAGACAUUCUAUAAUGUAACAAACUUGCAUAGUUGGCAUAUUAUCCUAAAUUUGAGUAAUGUCAUAAUGUAAUCAUAAUGGUUCACUUGGGCUUAUUAGAUGUAUUUUAACUGCACUGGUGGAUGGAUGCCUCUGCAUGCACAAAACCUAGCUCUGAAGAUUAUUUUAGUAGUAUAUCUCAUGAGGUAUUGCUCUAUAAGGCUAUUGACGUAGCACUUCUUCAGAUUAUUUGGUCUAUCAAACGUAAUCAUUUAAGUUCAAAGCCCCAGUCAUUUAGCAUAUUGUCCCUCUCUACUCCAGACUUGGAACCAUUUGAUUGUGUCAGCCUCCAUUUUACCUAUCUCUUAAAAGGUUAUUUUUAUUAAUCCCCUUUAACCAUUUUACUUAAUUGGCGUCAACAUAUAAAGAUUGAUUGGAAAGUUGGGAAAUGAAAGUUGAAUGGAGAGGAGAACCCACUAAUAGAGGUAUGACGUUGGAUUUUAAAUGUGAAGUGAAAAGUUAAGCUACUUCGGUAUUGAUCGAUGCAUGUAGUUCUGUUUCUUUUAAUGACACUUCAUUAAGUUGAGUUGUGCCGGUGGCUGGCAUUGAUCCAAACUGUACUGUAUAUAACACCAGAUUUAUUUGAAAAUCAAACUUGGGCAUAUUCCAAGUUAAACACAUUAGGAGAAACUGAUUUCUGCAAUCCCCAGUGACAUAACAUUCUACGGAGUGGGAGGAGGUCAACCAAAUUCCAAGCUCUUUCAACAUCUCUACUGUACAGUAGAAUAAAUGCAAUACUUGUUAAUGCAAUACUUGUACCUCAAAUGUAAUUGUAAUUGUGAGCAGCAGCUUGUAUGUAUGACAACACAACAGGAAAGCCAAGAAGCUGACACGUUAAUGUGUAUAUUUUAUACUUUAUACUUAAUCUUACAGUAGAGGAGGAUGAACUGAGUGAGUGAUAUACACUGAGCGUACAAAACAAGAACACCUUCCUAAUAUUGAGUUGCACAUUUUGCCCCUCAGAACAGCCUCAAUUUGUCGGGGCAUGGACUCUACAGGGUGUCAAAAGCUUUCCACAGGGAUGCUGGCCCAAUUGUGACUCCAAUGGUUUCCACAGUGUCAAGUUGGCUGGAUGUCCUUUGGGUGGUGGACCGUUCUUGAAACAUACAGGACAGUGUUGAGUGGGAAAACCCCAGCAGCGUUGCAGUUCUUGACACACACCGGUCCGCCUGGCACUUACUACCAUACCCCGUUCAAAGGCACUUAAAUCUUUCGUCUUGCCCAUUCACCCUCUGAAUGGCAAACAUACACAAUUCAUGUCUCAAUAGUCUAAAUUCUUUAGCCUGUCUCCUCCCCUUCAUCUACACAGAUUUAAGUGGAUUUAACAAGUGACAUCUAUAAGGUAUCAUACUUUUCACCUGGAUUCACCUGGUCAGUCUAUGUCAUGUAAAGAGCAGGUGUUCUUAAUGUUUUGUAUACUCAGUGUAUGAGUGCCAAGUCACUUGUCCACAUGCUAUGUCACGUUUAGACCAGCUGGGGGUGUUAUCAUGAAGAGAAUUUGCCAAUGAACUUCUGGUUACUGACAGAAGUAAUCAAAUGCACCAAAAUCAACCAGUAGAAAGCUAUUGGAGAUAUUAGUGGCUCAUGCAAUAAACAAAAACUGUAUUUAGACUGUAGUUAUUGUUUUGAGUUAGGUCAAUUUAAUAACUCUACUCAAUGGGACUAUUUAGAAAUUUAGGCUGAGAUUUAAGCGUCACCCUAUCCCUAGCUUCAUAUCUCAUCCUGGUUCCACUCUAACCCUAGUCUCAACCCUAAUUCUAAUCCUAAACCUAACCCUAGCUUCAUGCCCACACCCCGGCUGAACCCUAACCACUAAUCUUAGCCUGUAACAAUGAGUAAAUGCAAUUCUUGUACCUAAACUGUAAUUGAAAUCUAAUUUAAAUGUAAUUGAGUGCACUAUAAUGACAGCAGCUUGUUAUGAUGUGUCCUUAUGAUAGACUGAGAGGUCUGUACAAGGGAUGGGAGGAUCCUUGCAAGAUCCUGUGAGUGAUUACAUUUCCCAAAGACAGAGGCAAAUAGACAGACAGAGAGACAAGCAAUUUAUUGCAGUUUAUUUCACUUUUGUAUAUUAUCUACUUCAUUUGCUUUGGCAAUGUUAACAUAUGUUUCCCAUGCCAAUAAAGCCCCUUGAACUGAA